AAAGCACUGUGGGUCAAAAAGGAAGACUGUCGUUUACCAUGGCGACCGAGACGCUACUGUUCGUCGUUAGCAGACAUAAAGUACCCGUCUCGUUAUUUAUUUUAAUGUACAUCGACCUGCUCCGGUGCCAGCCGUUCACGAUUCCCUUUAGGGCUCCCUCGGACUGUGGAGCGGAAGAGUUUUUCGAUAUCUCGAGUGUGUCGUGUGUGAUGUGCGGUCCAAAUCAGCGGCGGAGCACAACAGGGCUGAGCUGCAUUUGCCAGAUUGGCUACAAAACUGUUACCACUGAUAAAGCAUCCAUUUCUUGUGAGAAAUGUCUCUCAGACAAACCGGCCGUAACAAAAGAUGGGUUUGGUUGUAUUCGUUGUCCAGGUGGCCUCAGUGUUGAGGGAACGUGCCAGUGUCCACCUGGCGAUGUCCUGGUGGAAAGAGAAAUCAAUGGAACCUUCUUGGAAAAGGCCAGGUGUGAAACGUGUGAUGAAGACAGCCCUGCUUUGUCCGUACCAAACAGCAGUGGAGACAGGUGUGAGAGAUGUCUGGCUGCCUACGUUAACACCUCCUGUGCAUGUAAAUCUCCUAAUGUCCAGUCAGGAGGUUUAUGUUUCCCUCCUGGCAUCCUCUCCACCAGUGUCAAUCCCACUGUCACUUACUCUCAGUUGAAGUUCAGUGUCCAGUCAGCAUGGUUCCUGCAAAACCUCUACUCCUCCUCUACAGCUUGCCUUGGUUUCUCCAACCUGACGGCGUGUCAGGCUCUCGGAAACAUGUGUGUGAUGAACAUGCACUCCUUCAGCAGUGCAUCCACAGAUGCCUGUGGACUCUUCAACACCAUCUUCAGAUCAAUGGCCGCUUUGAGCUCAACCCAAGGCAUUUCGUACUGGAGAGCUAAUCUGCCGUGGCUUUAUUAUGGGGAUGAACCAGGACUUGCCAGUCGAGUGCUUCAAACUGAUCCCAUUCCGACUAGGUUUAGUUUCAGAGGUAAAAACAAGAACACAGAUGUCAGGCUGCUUGCCGCUGUCUAUAGUGUCAGAGGAGGGUUUCUCAGAUGGGAGCAAGUAGGAGGACAAAAUUUGCAGCUUUGUCCACAGCCAAAAACCAAACAAGCAGCAGCCUUCAGCUUUGGAACGGCUUACAAAGAAAGUUGUGAUCUCUCAGUAGCAGAGCUGUUUGCCACCCAUCCCGAGCCAUUGUUCUAUGAUGUUUUCCUGGAUCUUGGUGGAGAAAACAGAAAACUUCUCCCCCUGCCCACACUGGUUCAGAACCAGCAAUACAAUGGACGAUUCAUCAACCAAGAGAAUAUGAACAACUGGUACUUGUCUCGACGAAUGUUUCUUGUGGACACACUGAGCGGAAGAGAAAAAAGCACAAGUUCUCAGCCUAAAGUUAUCCGUGUAGUCAGCAGUGUCAAAAUAAGGUUCCAGCUGGUUCCACGAACCCAGGAAGGGCAGGUGUUCCCCCCUCUAAUGACUGUGACCUACACAGAUGUUCCCAUCACAGAUAUCAAUACUCAAACUGUGUCUACAACCUUUGCUGUGGAGUAUGAGAUGGAUCAGAAGGAGGCUCGCUUAAAGACAGAUACUGCUCUGGGUGUAUUGGGUGGGGUGGCUGUGCUCUACUCCCUGCUGAAGACAAUCAGCUGGAAGAGGAGGAUCGCAUCUUCCUUCAUUGAUCUGGAGACAGUGGGGAAGUUUCUGUUGUUUUAUGCUGGUGACCUGGCCAACGUUUUCUUUGCUGUCACUGUGGGAACUGGACUCUACUGGCUUAUCUUUUACAAGACAUUAAAGGCCCAACAGUUUGUGUCAGUCCUGCUACCACUGCCGGCUCAGGAGGAGCAGUUUGUGACGUACAUCGGAUGCGCCUUUGCUCUAAAGGCUGUCCAGUUUCUCCAUAAGCUGGUCCUGCAGGUGACGAUUGAUAUAUUUCUCAUCGACUGGGAGAGGCCACGAAGUAAAACUAGCAGAUCUGUGCAAGCAAGUGGCGAGUCAAAACGUGACGCCUCUCCGGUCAGCAUAUGGAGGACUUACUUUGUGGCCAAUGAAUGGAACGAGAUUCAGACCAUCCGCAAAAUCAACCCGACUUUUCAAGUCAUGGCUGUGCUCUUCUUUCUUGAAGUGCUGGGUUUCUCUAACCUGGCCUUGAGGGACCCCUGGUCAAAUUUACAGCGCUCCUCCGAGGAAUACACCCCCUCGUACAGCCUGACGCUGCGCUACGGUCUGGCAGCCACACUGUGGCUCUGCAUUGGACUUCUGCAGGUGAUUUUCUUCACUGUGUUUUAUGCACACUUUGUGGAGGACAAAAUCCGUCAGUUUGUAGAUCUCUGCUCCAUCAGUAAUAUUUCUGUGCUAAUUUUAUCACAUCGCUGCUUUGGCUACUACAUUCAUGGGCGUUCAGUUCAUGGUCAUGCAGAUACAAACAUGGAAGAAAUGAACAACAAUCUGAAGAGAGAAGCUGAGUCACUGUGUGGUCAGAGGGGUUUACUCCCCAACACAGAAGUCCAGACCUUUCAGGUGUCUCUCACUCACUCUCUCAGGUCACGGUAUGACAACAUACAGGAGUCAAUCAGAAAGAGGAACCGGCCAUCGCGGCUCACAGACGCAUCCCUGCCCAGCUCGCUUGAGCCACACUUCAGAGCUUACCGCAACAUGAACCACUUCCUGGGAUCUGUUAUAGAUCACGCCUACCCUGACAUGGACUACCUAGUGAAGGACAAGCUGAUGUUUGAGAGUGUCAUAGGAAUGGAGUUCCUUGAACCCACUGAGAAAAGCAUCUUUUACAAUGACGAGGCACACACCUUCAGUAAUGUGCUGUAUUACGGAAACGAGGCCACACUGCUGAUCUUUGACACCUUGUUCUUCUGUGUCGUCGACCUCGGAUCCCAGAGCUUUGUGCUCGCUGCCGUGCUUACAUACGUGCAGCAAGUGAUAUUUCGCUUGUUACGUAACAGUUUGGGACAAAAGAACCUCGUCAACAAGACUAUGGUGGAUGAGAGAUUUCUAAUAUAAACCUUUUGCUAAAUAGUUGAUAUUACUGUAUGUUAGCUGCAUUUCUUUUACAUGUUUACUAUUCACAGAUUGUGCAUCUUUUUUUGUACUUUUCCUUUCUUAUAAAUUGUUUUCUCUGCUGAUUUGGAUGUAAAUGUUUAAAAAU